AAAAAUAUAUAUUCCGCCACCGUAUCGGAUUUUACAAAAAUAAAGCCUCUAAGUGAUAAAGAUUAUUGUUCGGUUCUUCUGAGCGAGGCAAGUGGCGUAUUUGAAGUGGAGAAGCUGAGCCUGAGAGAAGAGUCGACAGAGAAAUCAAAAUGAACAUUUUUGGAGGAGGAAACCCUUCCUUUGUCAGUACAGCCAGCACAAACUACAAUGCCAUGAAAGACAUAGAGGUGCAGUCUCCUCCUGAUGACAGUGUUAGUGUAGUGAAGUUUAGUCCAGGAACAAACAUGCAGUCCACCUACCUAAUAGCAGGAAGCUGGGAUAACAAUGUGAGGUGUUGGGAGGUGCAACAGAGUGGACAAACGGUACCUAAAGCUCAACAGACUCACACUGGGCCAAUCCUUGAUGUUGAUUGGAGUGAAGAUGGAACAAAAGUUUUCACAGCCUCGUGUGACAAAACAGCCAAAAUGUGGGACCUCCAGAGUAACCAAGCCAUCCAGAUUGCACAGCAUGAUGCACCUGUAAAAACAAUCCACUGGAUCAAAGCACCCAACUACUCUUGUGUCAUGACAGGAAGUUGGGACAAAACCCUGAAGUUUUGGGACACAAGAAGUCCAAAUCCCAUUGACACAAUUCAGCUCCCAGAGCGUUGCUACUGUGCUGAUGUUAAAUACCCAAUGGCUGUUGUUGGGACAGCUGGAAGGGAAUUAAUCAUAUACCAGCUGGAAAAUCGUCCACAGGAGUUCACACGCAUCGAGUCACCACUCAAAUUUCAGCAUCGCUGUGUCAGCAUAUUUCUGGACAAGAAGAACAAUGGAGCUCCCACUGGGUUUGCCCUUGGCAGUAUUGAAGGCAGAGUAGCCAUUCACUAUGUCAACCCUACCAACCCCAAAGACAAUUUUACCUUUAAAUGUCACAGAUCGAAUGGUACAAACAAUGGCAUGCAGGAUAUUUAUGCAGUAAAUGAUAUUGCAUUCCAUCCUGUUCAUGGUACACUGGCCACUGUCGGAUCAGACUGCAAGUUCAGUUUCUGGGACAAAGAUGCACGAACCAAACUGAAGACCUCUGAUCAGUUUGACCAACCACUGACAUCCUGUUGCUUCAACCCACAAGGAAAUGUCUUUUGCUAUGCCACUAGCUAUGAUUGGUCAAAGGGACAUGAAGGAUUUGAUCCUAACAAAAAGCCACACAUUUUCCUAAGAUCCUGCUUUGAUGAACUGAAGCCAAGUAUGAAAAAAUCAUAGAGAAUGCAACAAACUUGUUACCAUAUUGUGCUGGACAUUUUUUUCAAAACCCAACUGACUAGUUGUGCAUAUGCAUUCAUUUGUCAUGGAUCAGUUUGUUUCUGUUAUGCUGUCGAAAACUUGUUUAUUUUUGGUUAAAAUUUUCAGACAUGUAAAGGACUAUUAAGUUCACCAACUUUUCCCCUAAUUUUGACGGAUAUUAAAAAUGACAGAUUUUAUAUGAAUUCAUUGUUUAAUAGGUAAGGUAUGGAAAACCUAUAUAUAUAUUGAAAGUGCAUGGACUCGAUUUUUUAUCAAUUUAAAUUGACAGUUGUUUGUUACAGAAAUAAAGAUAUUUCAUGAAUGAGUAGAUUAAAAUCAUUUUAUACACUUUGUAUUUACAAAAAAUCCUACUCCCAGAAUCAUGUUUGUCAACACGCUUGUCAUAGCCAGGAAACCAUGUGUGGAGGUGAGAACACCCAAGAUUUCUAAAACGUCUGUCAAAAGCAUUCAACACUUUGACAUAUGUUAAUGAUAAUUAAAUUUAGAGAGCAAGCACAAAUAAGAAAGAGCAGAAUUUUUUUCAAAGCUCUCUACUGAUUGUUGAGUCAGGCGACAUGUAAACACAAACAGAGCUUGUGUUUCGUUUUGAAAAUUUAAAGUUUGCAUUUCGCAUCAGUUUUGAUAUUUAGGUUUGUUGCUAUGUUUUACAUGAAUUAAAUAUCAUAUUAUUAAUUAGAUACAUGUAUCUAAAUAGUUUUUUUUUUGUAGCAAAAUCAUAUCCAUGCCUCUUUAAACAUCCAUUCCAUCAUAAUUCAGUGUUUAUUCAUUAUCUCCGCUACAAAUGCACAUAGUCCACUGAAGUUUGGCAUAGUGAUAUAUCAUGAAAAUAUCCAGAUCUUAUUUUGUUCUGGUUGAAUAAUUUUUGACAGAGUUGUGCCCCUUGGACAUAGAGAAUUUCAAGCUCAUUAUCUCAGUCAUGCAUAAACAUUUUGAAUUAAAAUUUGGUAAAUGGACACAUCAUGGUAAUACAGAGGCCAUGAUUGUAUUUGCUUCUGAACAAAAAACUUUUGGCAAAGUUAUACCCCUUUGGAUUUAGAAAAUUCUAAACAAUUUGGUUUCUGCUCAUUAUGGAUACAUGGAUAUUUUGAAUUGAAAUUUGGGACAUAAAUAUAUCAUGAAAAUACACAGCAAGCUCCUUAAACAUAGAUACUUUUAAACAGUUUACAGGUUCUGUCCAUUAUAUAGGCCAUACAUGGACAUUUAAAAUGAAAAAUGUCAUAAUUAUACUGUGUUAAGCAUAGUGUCAUAUUGUCUCAUGGGUGCAUGGAGGAGUUUUUAUACGGACUUGUUUGUGUCUGAGAAUAAAACACAUCUAUUAAAUGUAAUAAUCGAAGGUUUUGAAAUUAUGAAUUAUUUUGGAAAAGAUUAUGCUAACAUUCGCAAGUUUGUUUAUAUAUUUUCCUGUAAUAAUUUUUCAUUUGGUUUCCUUGUUUUUAUAGCAAUUUGUUUUGAUGUCAAUUUUCAUAUUAAAGCCGUUAUGCAGAA